AUGGAUUCAUGCCACGGAAUCGCCUAUCCUUCGUGGCCCCCCAGCAGCAGCAAAAGACCUGGGAGUGCCAUUGGAGCGGAUGCGCGUGUUGGGGAGGCUCAAGCCCUGUCUCGAAGCGCUUCCCAGCAAGCCCAAACCUUGGGUGUGGCUAGUGUGAUGUCGACAGAGUUAAUCCGCGGAUACGAGGAAUCCCUGAGGAAUCCUGGCCGAUUCUCUCCUGAUGCCGAGCGAGAUUGGCUUCCAGCGGUACCUCCGUUCACCAAUUGGAGUGGGCACAUACAGAGAAAUACUCAGACGACCUCCAGAAACUAUGACGAUAUAGAUGGCUUCUUAGCCUGGAAUGUCCUUAAGAAUUGCGGGUUUCUUCCUUGGCCAGAAUUUUCGAACUAG